UAUGGAUGCACUAACUUAUUGUUGACUUUGCUAAUACAAUAAACUGCCUGAGGCAAAUAUCUCAUUCUCAUAAUUUCAUAUUCUCCAUGGUCACUCUGGUAGAAUUUAUCUUUCUCUAAGAAAACAUGCAAAACCAAAGCUUUGUAACUGAGUUCAUCCUUUUGGGCCUUUCACAGAAUCCAAAUGUUCAGAAAAUAAUAUUUAUCCUAUCUUUGUUUGGCUACCUUGCAACCCUUGGGGGCAAUUUGCUCGUGUUUUUGACCAUUGUCUACACCCCAGCACUCAUGGGCUCCCCCAUGUACUUCUUUCUGGCUUUCCUGUCCUUCCUGGAUGCAUGUUUCUCCUCUUCCAUUGCCCCAAAGAUGAUUGUGGACUCCAUCUGUGAGAGGAAAGCCAUCUCCUUUGAGGGCUGUAUGACCCAACUCUUUGCUGAACACUUUUUUGCUGGAGUGGAGAUGAUUGUCCUUACUGCCAUGGCCUACGACCGCUAUGUGGCUAUUUGCAAGCCCUUGCAGUACCACUCUAUCAUGAACUGGAGGCUUUGUGGCAUUCUGAUGGGGAUAUCCUGGACAGGAGGCUUCUUGCAUUCUGUGGUACAAAUUCUCUUUACUUUCCACCUGCCCUUCUGUGGCCCCAAUGUCAUCAAUCAUUUCAUGUGUGAUUUGUACCCAUUAUUGGAGCUUGCUUGCACUGACACUCAUGUCCUUGGCCUUUUUGUGGUUGCCAAUAGUGGGCUUAUCUGCAUCAUAAACUUUUCCCUGUUGCUUAUCUCCUACUGUGUCAUCUUGCACUCACUGAGAUCUCAUAGCUCUGAGGGUCGUCGCAAAGCUCUCUCCACCUGUGGAUCUCACAUUGCUGUUGUGAUUAUGUUAUUUGUUCCAUGCAUAUUUGAGUAUGCACGGCCUCCUUCUGCUUUCUCUUUCGACAAGAUGGUGACCAUAUUUUACACCCUUCUAACUCCCCUGCUCAAUCCUUUGAUCUACACUGUCAGGAAUAAGGAAGUUAAAAAUGCUAUGAGGAAGUUGUGGGCCAGUUUUGCCAUAUUUUCUAAUGAAAAAUAAAAUAUUAAGAAAAAAAUCCCUUCAAGAGGAAAGUAA